CUAACCUAGAAAUAUAAACGGAAAAUCUUACAAAUUCAGCGUAAAAAAAUGCACAAAUAAUGGCGGCAUACCAAAAAUGCCUGCAGGAUUUGAAACAUUGGCAGACUAUAGCUGAAACUUCAUAUGGGUAUAAUUUAACGGAAAGGGCGAAUGGUUUAUCGAACAAGAAUGUUAGUGUUUCGAACGAAGUGAGCUAUGAGGAGAAUACAAGCAACUCAGGGCCUCCUGUGUUGACCGUGGAGGUUUUUGAUCACAUUGAAGUAGCUAAUAAUAAACCUUUCGAAGUUUUGCUCGAAGAGAAGCUUAGGGAAGAAAACGGGGCAGUUCCAAAUGAUUUCAGUAAUAAUUGUAAACCUAAAAAACCAUUUUUGAAGAAAGGUACAGGGUUGAAUAGGUUUAAAUCGUCAAUAAACUAUGCUAAUCAUAGUACAAAUAAAAGGAGGGUUAAGAAAUUAACAGGGCUAAAAGGCCUUAAAAUUGCUCACAGAAGUCCUAGUAGAAGUGAAGUUAGCCCUAAGCAAUUCUCUUUUGACUUAACACCACUAAAAAUACCUGAAGUAAGUAUAAAACCGAAAACCAAGUGGUCAACAUCGGAAUCAUUCAACAAGAUCAUUGAAAGCCCCACUAAAAUAUUAAGGAAGAGCCCCAGGGAUGAAAAACAGUCCUCGCUCGCUGAAGGGGAUGGUUUGGGGGUUUUGGAGUGGGUGCCCCCCGUGUUGGAGACUGAUGACCCCAAAGUUGAUAGUGUUAAGAAAUCUGGUGCAAUUAUGAGCCGAAUCAAUGAGUUUGCUAAGAGAAAGUUUGGACUGGGUAAUAGGAAGAAUUCUGCUGAUAGAGAAAGUCCAAACACAACCCCCACUAAAUUUGAAACCACAGACAACCAGGACCUCCAAAUAUUCGAAGCCCUGGAAAAAAGAGCAGACAACAGCAGUUUCUGCUCGACAAAUUCUAGUGUGCUUAGAAUUCUAUCCAGCACUCCUAGAUCGUUAAAGAGUACAAAAAACAAAGAAGAAUUGAGCCCUACAAAACCACAAAGCACAUCAUCAACGCCAAAAGCCAAAAUAGAGCUGGAAAAUAAGCUUAAAUUGCUAGAUGAGAAAACGGAAGUCAUUAAUAAUUUUAUAUCAAAGUUAAAGUUGAUUAAAGAAAACGAAACUGAUGAUUCUACAAGGGCUGAUUUAGAUUCUGAGGAUAUUUGGUCAAGUACUGGUGGUUCCUUAUCAUAUUCCAGCAGUCCAGAUCAGUUUUCAAAUUUAAAUACAACUCCAAAAGUAAAGGAAAACUUUGAAAAUACGAGUUUUAAUAGUACUUUAAAUCAAAAUUGUGUGGAAUGUGAUAAAAGAAUGAACGAAAUAUCUAAAAAAGAUGCAACAAUUAAAAAGUUAAAGGAAGAGAAUGAUAGAGUGAAUGAUUAUAGUAAAAAUUUAAGGAAAGACAGGGAAGAACUGAAUAGAAAAAUUAGGAAAUUAGAAGAAGAUUUUGACGAAGAAAAGGCCAAUUUAAUGGAAGAUGUGGAAGAUCUGCACAAAAAACUACAGAGGGAAAAACAAAUUUUCGAGAGUUACAAAAAAAACGUCCACAACAUUCGUAAAGAUCAAGACGACUUGACGCAUUUAAGGCAAGAAUUAAUAGAAACAAAAGAACUUCUCAAACUCAAAGAGACGAAAAACGGCGCCACCACGGCGCGGUUACGUUCUCAACUAAAAAUAUUGGAGAAGGAAAACAACGAUUUAAAAACCCAAGUGGAAAAACUGAACAGGGAUAACGCAAAACUAAAAGCGAACCAAAAUUUAUCAAGAAGGCCCUCGGAAACCAAAAUGUUGAGCGAAAUCAACAAAAAUCUCGCUAAAUUAACCGAAGAGACCAAAAAAACGCAAAAUGUUGGUAAUGGGAGUGAAAAAAUCCUCAAGAAAACUGAGAAAAAGGAAAACAUUAACAUCUCGAGGAAAGCCAGUUUUCCACAGGAAAACACCAGCGACGAACUGACAUCGAUGGAAAGCACUGUUUUUGGAAAUUUAUCGCUCGAAAAACAAUACGAAAAUGUUUUUGGGCAACUGCCAGCACAAAACAGCAGUCUUAAUGAAUCCAAAAAAGAAAAAAUUGAAACUAUUUUGCCAGACGGCAGUAGGCAAAUAAAAUACAGCAACGGAAAUGUUAAGAAUAUUUCUGCCGAUGGGGCCAAUAUUGUCGUCAAAUAUUAUAAUAACGAUAUCAAAGAAACUGACACCAUCAAAAACAUAGUGAAAUAUUUUUACUCCAUCAAUAAUACAUGGCAUACAACUUUCGAUGAUGGAACAGAAUAUAUAGAAUUUCCAAGCGGUCAGUCUGAAAAAAAAUACGCAGACGGAAGAUGCGAGAUUUUUUACGCUGACGGUGUGAUGCAGACUAAAUUUAAUGAUGGUAAAGAAGAGGUCAAAUAUACCGACGGAUCUGUCUUGAAUAUUGACUCGAAUGGCAGAAGGGUUUUGGUACUACCCAAUGGUCAAAAAGAGAUUCAUACUGAAACUGAAAAGAGAAGGGAAUAUCCAGAUGGUACCGUGAAAAUUUUAUAUCCUGACGGGUCGCAGGAGACUAGAUAUUCGAAUGGAAGAAUCAGAAAAAAAGAUCCGUCGGGAAUUUUAAUUUUGGAUACAAAAAUUGAUGAGUGAAUAUAAAAAAAUCAAAAUAAUUACUGUGAUAUAAUUUAAAAUUGUAUAUUAAUUAAAAUUGUUUUUAAAA